CGCCGGCCAGGCACACAGUUCGUUGGCCAUGUGGGGAGCGAGGAAGGUGGUGGCGGCGGCGGCCCUCGUGAUGGCGGCGGCGUGGGCGGCGGCUGAUGUCAAGGUGUACAGGAACAGCGGGCAAGGCUCCUGCGGGGAUGACCUCAUGAAGUUACGCUCCGAGUCUGUGACUGUGUGCGCCAUCGUCUGUUCAGGAGAGUCCCGGUGCAGCGCGUUCAGCUACAAGGAGGAGCCCCCCGCGAAGUACUGCCAACUCCACCAAACCUUCAGCCAACCAGACGGGGCCGCUAACACCACAUGCUACCUACCCAGGACUCAGGACGAUGCGGCAGCGACACCAACUCCGCAGCAGACAACAGAGAUAACAACAACGGAAUUACCAACAUCAACACCACUUGCUACGACUACCAAGGCCACAACAACCACAGAACCAACAACAACCACAGAACCAACAACAACAACAACAGCAUGGGAGAGCGUGGCAGCCACGAGCGUCGCCAACAAGCAGUACGUCAACAUCAACGACAAGCAGAAGUGCGCAAGUAACGGGGCCGCCAUAGGCAUCUUCCAGGCAAGCUCAUACUUCCUCAUCUGCACCAUGGCGCCCAACGAACUACCCUUCAACGUGGGGGAGCCCGGGGCACAGUGCAGCACGCCUACCACCCAAAUACAAUGCAUGAAUAUACAAUGCCCCUCAGGAAGCCUGAUUAUGGGGUUCCGUCAGGCCACAUACCCGUCACAAGGGCCGUGCAGUAACGGCUUCAACGGCAACGGCGUCACGAUGUUGGACAACACAGACUGUCACACCGUGAGUGGCCCCAUGCAGGUGCUGGCCGACAAAGGGUCUUCGUGGUCACAGUGGCGGGUCUGCGGGGGCGACUCCAACAACCUGUACGUCAUGACGGAGGCAAAGGUCGCGAUGAAUGCCGUUGGGGUGUGGAUGGUGGACAGCAUCACCUGCUGCCGCAUAAAAGCGACCACAUCAGUAGGGUGAUGUGACAUGUUUGACAAUGAGCGCCAUAAUGUUCGCAAGGUUCCAAAUAUUAACAGGGCUCGGCAUGAACUAUAUUCAAAGAAGAUGUCAGAGAAAAUAAAUAUAGCGUCUUGAUCUCGUCUCACUUCCCCAUGGUACACGGUGAGUGCCGCUGCGGAUAGUGAGCGGAG